AUGUGGCCGGUAAUUGUCCAGUUCAUCCGCGUAUACACGCCCUACAUCGCCCUGCCCUUUGCCGCCAUCGUAGGCUUCGUUGGAUUCGGUUUAGAAUCGAGACUGCGAAGUCAGGACCGCCUUUCCAGCGCCUCCGCAACUCCCACCAAGACCUUUGAUGAGGCCCGUCUCGAGCGUCGCCUCAGAAACACCGACGACGACCUACCUGACAACUGGGAAGACGUCGUUACCUCACCGAAACUCCACUACCGCCGUGACCCCAUGUUUGACAAGAACAAGUAG